AAUGCAUUACGUAAAGGUCCAAGUGCGUGUACCGACUGACUUACAGACGCUUCACUUCAUCGGUCAACACACUAAACAUCAUGUCUGGAAGAGGAAAAACCGGAGGCAAAGCCAGAGCAAAAGCCAAGUCUCGCUCUUCCCGAGCCGGACUCCAGUUCCCAGUGGGUAGGGUCCACAGGCUACUGCGCAAGGGCAACUACGCGGAGCGCGUCGGCGCCGGGGCUCCGGUGUAUUUAGCGGCCGUGCUGGAGUAUCUGACCGCUGAGAUCCUGGAGCUGGCAGGCAACGCGGCCAGGGACAACAAGAAGACCAGGAUCAUCCCCCGGCACCUCCAGCUGGCCGUGCGCAACGACGAGGAACUAAACAAACUGCUUGGAGGUGUGACCAUCGCUCAGGGAGGUGUGCUGCCCAACAUCCAGGCUGUCCUCCUCCCCAAGAAGACGGAAAAACCGGCCAAGAGCAAGUAAAAGAGACAGACUCCCCGCAGGCCCGGAUUCAAACAGGACAAAACGCUCUCCUGGAGCCGGCCACUUUUUCAUACAAAUGUAUUUUUUUUUCUUUGGAUAAACAACCUUUGAAAUAGGGGAUAGUGUUUGUUGUUGCCGUUUCUACAAUGAUACAUGCUUUGGCUUCUCAUCGGGACUAUUCAUAGACUGCUCAGGCUCUGGAAAAUGGAGGCGCUCUGAAGGCUGGAGAGAUGACGGCGUGGAAAAAAGGCAGUUCUUAAUAUGGACCAAUUCUGAAGGGAUUGUUUUAGUUUCGCUGUACUGCUGUAAAACGUGCAAAAUUGUUGUGUUGUUUAUUGUAUCAUGUUUCAAUAAAUGUCUUGCAGCCUUGUGGCACAAUUCGAA